AUGUCUAUAAAAACAAUCAUAAAAUCACAAUCGGAUGAAACUUGGGCAGAACUAAAUAAGAAACUCAUGGAGCAUGAAAUAAACUACAAUAAAGUUUUGACAGAACCUUUGUAUCAGUUCAUUGACGCCAUCGCUAAGUCCGUCGGAACAAAUAUCGGAUUCGUAUUACCUUCAAUUUUAACUACAAUUAAUUACUUAGCAUCAAGCCAAAAUUUCAAUUGCGAAAUAAGAGAUGGACAACCAUCGACAGGGAAAAGUCCAGCAAUCAAAGUCAGCGUCAGUAAUCCUUUAACAGGUUUGGAUUUACAUAAGGAAUUAAUUUCCUGUUCUACAUCAUCCGGUUUAACAAAGUUAUUAUCAAAAAUACAAAGAGCAUUUAUUGUUAAUCCAGAGAUUCAGGAAUAUCUGCUAAAAAUAAUUAAACAAAAUGACGAAAAUGCGGCGAGCGAAGUCGAAAUAUUAUGCAAAGUUUUUAGCGGAGAAUCUUGCACCUUCAAUUAUGGGACUGAAAACAGAAGAGAGAUUUCAUCUGACACCACACUAUGUAUAUUAGGUGCAACUCAGAUCAAGACAUUGGCAUUAUUAUUAUCAAAAAUGGAUAUGGGCAAUGGCCUAAUCGAUAGAUUUAUAAUUUCUAUACCAACAUGUUAUCGACCAUUGCCAGAAGAACAAUCACAAGCUAGCACUUUUUUAAAAACCAAAAAUUUUAAAAUAGAUGACAUCUACGAAAAGUUAGCAAAAACAAGUUCUGAAAACACACAAUUUUAUUUCGAUGACGAUGCUCAAAAAAUGUUUGAUGAAAUGGAGAAAAACUUUCUCAUCGAACUCAAUGACAAUUUAAAAAAUGGCAGACCAACUCAGAAAAAUAAAACAACGGACGUCAUUCCAAAAUUAGCUGUUGCUAUUCAUUUGUUGGAGCAUAUUUUUUUGCAAAUAAAUUCUGGAAGAAAUAAUACAACAUUUCCAGAAUCAAUCACCUUACAAACCAUGCAAAAAGCUAAUUAUUAUUCUCAAAUGUUGACCGAACAAAAAGAAUUUUUCAAUGGUUUUGUUUCAGACAUGGUUUGCGAAAAAAAAAUUAAAACCAUCAAGCCACCAACUUUAAAAGAUUACACCAUUGCACUGUUAAAUAUGCCAGGUCGAAUUGUCACCUACCGGUCGUAUAAACAAUGUGCAUCUAAAAGGUUGAGAUCAAUGAUAUCAAGUGACUACAAAAAAAUAUGUGAAGACUUAGUAAUGAUUAAUGCUGGGAAGUUGAAUUCAGUGAGAUUGAAUGGUCAGAGUGAAGAGUCAUAUAUUUUCGUUAAGUUGCCGUACGACGAAUUACCAGAGGAGGUCAAAUCAAACAUGCAAAAAAAUACUUACCUAACGAAAUAUGAAAUGAAUUCCCCGAAAAGCAUCACGCAAAACAUUAUUGACGCGGUGCAAGACAUCUUACAAUAAAAUAUUUUUUUUAUUUUCAUUUUCAUUUUAUUUUCAUUUUCAAAGUUAAGUAAUAAGGAUUAUCG